AUGUCUUCAACUGGCAAGCCGGCAUCAUCUCGAAUUGCCAAAUUGUCCAUCUACGGCAUUGCUCGCCAGCACUGCGGAGAAGAGCUCAUCAUUAACCCCAUUCGAUGGACUGCCCGUCACCUCAAGCUCCUGCGAUGCUCGUUCGAAAGACUGCUCCCUGAGCCAUUGACUCCAGCCGCGUACGCAGUGACAGAAGCUGAUUACACAGAGGAGCGUAGUGGCACGCCCUACCUACACGAGUUCUUCCACUACUACUACAAGGCCCAAUUUCGAGAACAGGGCAUCAGGCUGCUUUUAACGGCUGAUGGAUGCCCCUUGAUUGCUUAUGACGCUCUCGGCCUGUAUUUCAAUGGCGGUGUCAUCAAGAGGCUGCAAUGUAUCAGCCUGUGUCUUCGCAGCUCCACGCAUCAGACACUUCGGUACCAACGGCCACUGGUAGCCUUGAUCGACCGCGACCACGUUCUGGCGAGACGAAGGCAGUCGGUUAGCUACCGAUUGAUGCGCUUCAAUCCUCCCAUCAUCCGCUUGUUCAACAACAGGUGGAGGAAAGUCUGCCCGCCUCAUCCAGUAUACGAUCCGUACAUCGUCACGCUCCUCAUUGGUGUAGCACAGCAGAAACGGAGGCAUUUCCAAGAAAUCAACUGCAAUCGAGAAGCUUCAAAGGGCACCAUCUUCUCUCAGGUCUUGCACACGUUUUACUCAAAGGGCCAAUGUGAAGUCGUCGGAGAGGAGGCCUUCAAUGGCUGGAUGUAUCUCUACCAGGCCAACAUCCCCAUAUCGUUUUUGGACAUGUUCGACGACCCCAAGUAUGCGCCAUCAACGCCGCCAUCCGUCUCGGUCCAGGUCAUCACAAUCCGCUACAGCCCACUAGCUACCUUGCGUGCUCGGCUGCUGGAACUUAUGCUUCCAGAAAGGUUGGUCUCAGAAACUUACGGUCUUUCAGCCAGAGGACAGAAGCGAAGAUACGACGGUCAAGGUUAUACUCAGCCGGCGCAACGAGAAGCCCCUGCAGGAGAAAAAGCAUGCUCAAACAGUUGCUGUAUACCCACUUAA